CCGCGGCGCGGAAGGUGGUGACGUCGUCGCAUGACCAUUCCAGAGGCUGCUUGCUUUGCUGGCGACUGAGGCUCCGCCGGCCGUUGGUCCACCACGCGCAAUCCGGAGACCCCAGUGCUGCGUGCUCCUCGCACAUCACCACGCUCCAAACCAAAUCCCUCCCCCAUUUCCCUUCCUCUUCCUCACUCCCUGCUCCUCCUCCAAGCAAUCGCAACUCGCAGCUGCCGGGGCGAUCCGUCCGUCCCCAUCGAUUCCUCCUCACAGCUCCCGCGGCGGCGCCCGAGCCUCCUCCCGGAUCCCAUCGGCUCUUCCUCCCGCCGCCUUCUCAAAGCACAGAGGGACUUUGGAUUGCAGAGCAUAUUGACCAAGGAACUGUCAUUGACAAGAUAUUGUAUACAUUGGAAUGUUAAGAAUAAAUAUUGGAGCUACUUGGUGUAGAUGUUAUUAAAUGUGCACUACGCUGCUAUCUGUAACGUUAUGAGGAGUAACUGAAGUUGUGUGUCUCUAAUUUGUUUCCAACCUUAUUAAUUCUUGACCUGGUACAUUUGUAAAAAUGGGAGUUUACCUUAGUACCCCCAAAACUGAGAAGCUAUCUGAAGACGGGGAAAAUGAUAAACUUAAAUUUGGUCUUUCCUCCAUGCAAGGGUGGCGUGCGACCAUGGAAGAUGCUCAUUCAGCUUUGCUAGAUCUCGACAAGGACACAUCAUUCUUCGGUGUUUUUGAUGGACAUGGCGGAAAAGUGGUAGCCAAAUUCUGUGCAAAAUAUCUACACAGAGAAGUUCUAAAAAGUGAAGUCUACUCAGUUGGUGACCUGGGAACUUCUGUCCAUAGAGCUUUCUUCAGAAUGGACGAGAUGAUGCGGGGUCAAAGAGGCUGGCGGGAACUACAGGCACUUGGAGAUAAGAUAAACCAGUUUACUGGCAUGAUAGAAGGAUUGAUCUGGUCUCCAAAAGGCAGUGAUUCAAAUGAUCAACAUGAUGAUUGGGCUUUUGAGGAGGGACCACACUCCGAUUUUAGUGGGCCAACCUGUGGGAGUACAGCCUGUGUUGCAAUAGUAAGAAAUAGUCAACUUGUUGUGGCAAAUGCCGGAGAUUCCCGCUGUGUUAUCUCAAGGAAAGGCCAGGCGUACAAUUUAUCAAGAGACCACAAACCAGAGCUUGAAGCAGAGAGAGAAAGAAUACUGAAAGCAGGGGGGUACAUCCAAAUGGGACGAGUAAAUGGAACUAUAAAUUUGGCAAGAGCGAUUGGAGAUAUGGAAUUUAAACAGAACAAGUUCUUGUCUCCUGAUAAGCAAAUGUUGACUGCAAACCCUGACAUAAACACCGUGGAGCUUUGUGAUGACGAUGACUUUCUUGUUUUAGCAUGUGAUGGCAUUUGGGAUUGCAUGUCUAGCCAACAGCUAGUCGAUUUCAUCCACGAGCACAUAAACACUGAGAGCAGCCUUUCUGCAGUAUGUGAAAGAGUGCUGGAUAGAUGCCUGGCUCCGUCAACCUUAGGUGGAGAAGGAUGCGACAACAUGACAAUGAUCCUCGUGCAGUUCAAGAAGCCAAUUGACCAUGAGAAGAAUGCCAGUGCUAGUGAACAACCAUCUAUCGAGGGCAAGAAUGACAGUGCUGGGGAACAAUUAGCAGCUGGCAACACAGAACAGCCGUGAGUCAACUCACACUGCUGUUUUUCCAUUUCUUUUUCUUCAGUCCAGCGGGUCUUUCUUUUCGGUGCACCUGUGGUACUUGUGUAUUCAGCACGGACAUGGAGAAGAAUGGCUUGUGAUGUGGUAGCCCGGUAACCCUGAGAGCUAAAGAAUGACUCAUGAAUCCUGAAUCUUGGUCUGAUGUGCCGAUGCUGUGGUGGUUAAAAGGCAUGUUGAUGGAAAAAAUGCAAGUGUAGAUAUCAACUGCGUGCUGAAUCUGUCAAUACACCCAGUUGGUACCCGGUCACCAGCCUUGUGUUGCUUCUGUUUGUAAUAAUCUUUUGUUAAUGAUUUGGUGCCGUCGGUCGUUUGAUGGAAAUGUGGAAUGAGUAUAUUCAGUGUCAUUAUUAUGACUUUAGCUUCUGUGCAGAUUUCACUAUUGACUUGCAA